AGUUCUACGCUAAUCGUUAAUCAGGUUUUUUUCAAGGUAACACAUAACAUGUCCGCUGUGUCUGCAUCCAAAGCCAAGAGAGAGCAAAAACGUUUGGAAAGAGAAGCCAAGAAGGCUUCCGAGGGAAAGGCCACCAAGAAAACCAAGAAACAAAUUGCCAAAGAUGCUGAAGAGAAAGACGUCGAUGAUGCUGAGGCUCAAAUCGCCAAAUUGAAAUUACAAACUGACGAAGAUGGAAUCUCCGAUAGAGUCACCACCGGGGUGUUGUCAUCGUUGGUCACGUCCAGGGAUAUCAAGAUCACGUCGGUGUCAUUGUUGUUCCAUGGUAAAGUGUUGAUUCAAGACUCGGUAUUGGAGUUGAAUUAUGGAAGAAGAUAUGGAUUACUAGGAGAAAACGGAUGUGGUAAGUCCACUUUGUUGAAGUCCAUUGCCGCCAGAGAGUUCCCAAUUGCCCCCCACAUCGAUGUGUACUUGUUGAACGAACCAGCCGAACCCACUGAGUUUUCUGCUUUAGAAUACGUGGUGAGAGAAGCUGAAGGUGAGUUGAAGAGAUUGGAAGAUUUGGUCGAAGAAACCAUUGUCAAGAGUGGGCCUGAAGACCCAGUUUUGGAAGGGUUAUACGAGAAGAUCGAUGAAAUGGACCCUGCUACCUUUGAAUCGAGAGCUGCCAUUAUCUUGACUGGUUUGGGUUUUGACAAAGUCACCAUCAAGAAACACACCAAGGAUAUGUCCGGUGGAUGGAGAAUGAGAGUGGCUUUGGCCAAGGCCUUGUUUGUCAAGCCCACCUUGUUGUUGUUGGAUGACCCAACCGCUCAUUUGGAUUUGGCUGCUUGUGUGUGGUUGGAAGAAUAUAUGAAGAGAUGGGACAGAACCUUGAUUUUGGUGUCUCACUCGCAGGAUUUCUUGAACGGGGUUUGUACCAACAUGAUCGAUAUGAGAAUGAAGAAGUUGAUGGCUUAUGGUGGUAACUACGAUUCCUACCUUAAGACCAGAACUGAAUUGGAAGUUAACCAGAUGAAACAGUACAACAAGCAACAGGAAGAAAUCGCCCAUAUCAAGAAGUUUAUUGCCUCUGCUGGUACUUAUGCCAAUUUGGUCAAGCAGGCCAAGUCCAGACAAAAGAUCUUGGAUAAGAUGGAAGCUGAUGGUUUGAUCCAACCGGUGGUCCCUGAUAAGGUUUUCUCCUUCAGAUUUGCCGACGUUGAUAAGUUGCCCCCUCCAGUGUUGGCAUUCGAUGACAUGUCUUUCUCCUACAGUGGAAAGCCUGAAGAUAACUUGUACGAAAACUUGGACAUUGGUAUCGAUAUGGACAGUAGAGUGGCUUUGGUGGGUCCUAAUGGUAUUGGUAAGUCUACCUUGUUGAAGUUGUUCCAAGGUAUUUUGCAACCACAAAAGGGUAGAGUUAUUCAACACACCCAUAUCAAGUUGGGAGUCUACUCUCAGCAUUCGGCUGACCAGUUGGACUUGACCAAGACCCCAUUAGAGUUUGUCCGUGAUAAGUUUUCUUCUGUUUCUCAAGAUUUCCAAUACUGGAGACAACAAUUAGGACGUUAUGGUUUAACUGGUGAAGGUCAAACCUCACAAAUGGCUACUUUAUCUGAAGGUCAAAGAUCCAGAGUUGUGUUUGCCUUAUUGGCAUUAGAAUCUCCAAACUUGGUUCUCUUGGAUGAACCUACCAACGGGUUGGACUUAUCCACCAUUGAUUCUUUGGCUGAUGCCAUUAACGCCUUCAACGGUGGUGUGGUUAUUGUUUCCCACGACUUUAGAUUGUUGGACAAGGUUGCUAAGGACAUUUUCGUCAUUGAAAACAAGACAGCUACGAGAUGGGAGGGUUCGAUUUUGGAUUACAAGAAGAAGUUGGCCCAAGCAGUGGUUCUUUAGAUUGUUUUAUCUGUGUAUUUUAAUCAUCAUAUUUAUCGCUAUAGAUCAAACAAAGAUCAGUAGUUAAGUUGAUUCUGGCUGCGAAUUGUUUCGAACUUUUUUUUGUGCCCAUCACUAAAUUUAAAUUCAAAUCACACACCAAAAAAAAGGACAAAUUUACCAAUACCAACCAACACAAGCAUAUACCAUAGCAGCAAAAAAGAAUGGACGAGUCCGGAGUCGAACCGGAGACCUUUCCCAUGCUAAGGGAACGCGCUACCAACUACGCCACACGCCCUGGUCAAAGAUGGUCCCUAGCAGGAUCGAACUGCUGACCUUGGCGUAACCUAUACACAGGAAAUCCUGUAUACAAUAUUAGCACCACGCCAUAACCAACUAGGCCAAGGGACCUUUGACUCU